AUGGCAAAACAAAAUAAGGAAUGGGCUGUAGGAAUCGACCUUGGCACGACAUACUCAUGUGUUGCUGUAUGGCUAGAAGAGCACUGUCGAGUGGAGAUCAUUCACAAUGAUCAGGGCAAUAGAACUACGCCUUCUUCUGUUGCUUUCACUGAAAAUCAAAGAUUGAUUGGUGAUGCUGCUAAGAAUCAGGCUGCCAUUAACCCAACCAACACUAUCUUUGAUGUGAAAAGGUUAAUCGGCAGAAGGUUUAGUGAUCCCAUUAUUCAGGAUGAUCUGAAGUUGUGGUCAUUUAAGGUCAUUGCUGAUUCUGGUGACAAACCCAUGAUAGUUGUUUCAUACAAGGGUCUGGAGAAACAUAUUUCAGCUGAAGAAAUCUCAUCUAUGAUCCUUACAAAGAUGCGCGAGAUUGCAGAAGCCUAUUUGGAAUCACAGGUUAAGAAUGUCGUGGUUACUGUACCUGCUUAUUUUAAUGACUCUCAGCGACAAGCAACCAAAGAUGCUGGUACCAUUGCUGGUCUCAAUGUUAUGCGGAUAAUCAAUGAGCCCACAGCUGCAGCUCUAGCAUACGGCCUUCACAAAAGAGCUAAUUGUGUUGAAGAGCGAAAUAUUUUCAUCUUUGAUCUUGGUGGUGGUACAUUUGAUGUGUCUCUUCUCACAAUCAAGGGUGAUGUCUUUGAAGUCAAGGCCACUGCUGGUGACACUCACCUUGGAGGAGAGGACUUGGAUAACAGAAUGGUGAAGUACUUUGUUGAGGAGUUCAAGAGGAAGAAUAAAGUGGACAUAAGUAGGAAUCCAAGAGCAUUGAGGAGAUUGAGAACUGCUUGUGAGAGAGCAAAAAGGACACUCUCAUAUGCUGUUGACACCACCAUUGAGGUAGAUGCUUUAUCUGAGAGCAUUGACUUCUGUUCAUCAAUCACUCGUGCAAGAUUUGAGGAACUCAACAUGGACCUCUUCAAAAAGUGUAUGGAUACAGUAGACAGGUGUCUUGUUGACUCUAAGAUGGAGAAGAGUGAUGUAGAUGAUGUUGUACUCGUUGGUGGUUCUUCUAGGAUUCCCAAAGUGCAGCAGCUAUUGCGAGACUUCUUCAAGGGGAAGGAACUGUGCUUGAGCAUCAACCCUGACGAGGCUGUUGCUUAUGGAGCAGCAGUACAGGCUGCUUUGUUGAGUAAAGGCAACAAGUAUGUUCCCAACUUAGUGCUAUUAGAUGUUACGCCGCUGUCACUUGGUAUAUCUGUAAAAGAAGAUCUUAUGAGUGUUGUGAUUCCUAAGAACACCACCAUUCCUGUCCAAAAAACGAAAGGAUAUGGAAGAUCCGAAGACUUCCAAUCUGCUGUCCUAAUUGAGGUUUACGAGGGUGAAAGGACAAGAGCAAGCGAUAACAAUCUGCUUGGUUUCUUUAAUCUUUAUGGUGAUCCUUAUGCUCGACGUGACCAUCCUUUAACUGUAUGUUUCAGUAUAGAUGCUGACGGUAUCCUAAGUGUAACUGCCGAGGAAGAAAGUAGUGGAAGUAAGAAUGGUAUUACUGUAACCAACGACAAGGGAAGACUAUCAACUCAACAGAUUAUGAGAUUGAUUCAAGAAGCCGAGAAGUACAAGGCUGAAGACCAGAAGUACCAAAAGAAAGUUCAAGCAAUUAAUGCUUUGGAUGAUUUCGUUUACAAGAUAAGGAAUGCUAUAGAGGAUGUUGAGAACAGUUAUAAGGUUCAUCCACAAGACAAAAUGAAGGUCAACAUGGCAAUUGCAGAGGCCAGAGAAUUGCUUGAUGCAAGCCAGCAGACAGAAACAGAGGUGUUUGUGAAUCAUCUGAACGAGGUGAAGAGCCUCAUUGAACCCAUUAUGAGGAUUAACUAG